AUGGAAGAGAGAGUGGUUCAGUGUCGCCCUCCAGAGGGUUAUGCUAGGGUGAUCCUUUCUCUCUCUUUUUAUUUAUCAUGGCUGCUGACGUUUUCUCAGUUGAUCCAAAAAAAGGUUACUACCAGGGCACUUCAUGGGGUAAAACCUAGUCAUAAUGGUCCAGAAAUCUCUCACCAUCUAUUUGCAAAUGAUAGUCUUCUCUUUACAAGAGCCACCCGUCAGGAAUGCUUAACAAUAGUUGAUAUUCUCAACCAGUAUGAAGCAGAUCCGAGCAGAAAAUUAAAUAUGAAAAGUCAGAGGUAUCCUUCAGUAAAGAGGUUCACUGUGAGAAAAAAAGAAGAGUUGAUUGAUAUUCUCCAUAUGAGGCAUGUUGACAGACACCAGAAGUACCUCGGUAUCCCUACCAUUUGUGGAAGAUCUAAAAAAGUGAUGUUUCUGGAAAUUUUAGAUAGAAUGUGGAAGAAGUUGAGGGGAUGGAAAGAGAAGCUACUAUCCAGAGCGGGAAAGGAGAUUCUUAUCAAAGCUGUAAUUCAAGCCCUUCCUACUUAUCUGAUGGGUGUUUAUAAAAUUCCUGCUGAUGUUAUUCAGGAAAUCCACUCGGCGAUGGCUCGAUUUUGGUGGGAAGGGAGAGGUGAAGAGAGAAACAUGCACUUGUUGAGCUGGGAAAACAUGUGUAAACCCAAGUGUAUGGGUGGGAUGGGGUUUAAGGAUCUGGCAGUUUUCAAUGAUGCUUUGUUGGGUAAACAAGUUUGGCGCUUGCUACAUUACAAACACUCUCUUGUGAAUCGUGUUAUGAGUAUGAAAUAUUACCCCCAUGAUGACAUUCUUUCAGCAAGGCUAGGGUUCUCUAAUAGCUAUGGGUGGCACAAUAUUUGGGGACCAAGAGCUUGGUGA